GAUCAAUCCCUAAAUUUAUAUUCUCUCUUUAUAGACCUCGUGUCAAGUUUAUUAAUGUCACAUAAAUUUAGAUGAACUAGGGAGUACUAAUUCAAACCGACGAGCUUUGAACCCAGAUCACACAAUACAACAUGCUGUCCCUGGGAUUCUCACUUCCUCCUCCUUCCAAUAAUAAACUAAUUAUUACCAGCAAAAACCAAUAUAAUUAUCGUACCAAUUUAGCCAAUGUUUGUUCUAAUAAUAAUGUUAAUGCAGUUGGGGAUCAAUUAAUGACACUGCCUGAGGGUCUCAAACAUGUUGCAGUGAUCAUGGAUGGUCAUAGAAGGUGGGCAAAAAACAAAGGCUUGACCGUAAAGCAAGGUCACCGCGCUGGCGGAGAGAAAAUUCAAGUCCUCACCCGCCUUUGUAGCCACUGGGGAGUCAAAGUUCUAACCAUUUUUGCAUUCUCUACAGAAAAUUGGGUUCGCCUCGAAGAGGAGGUUGACUUUCUUAUGAAGUUGUUUUUAGAGCUGAUAGGCUCACAAGAAAAAUUGGAUGAGUGGACAAGGGAUGGUAGGCGAGUAUCAUUUAUUGGGGAUAAAUCAAUCUUUUCCAAGUCUUUACAGGAAGCUCUUGCUGUAAUGGAGGAGAGAACAAAAUUUAAUUCUGGACUUCAUGUAAUAAUAGCAAUCAAUUACAGUGGACGACAAGAUAUAUUACAAGCAACCAAAAGCAUUGCUAUUAAAGUAAAAAAUGGAGAUUUAACUGUAAAAGACAUUAAUCAGAGCUUAUUUGAACAAGAACUGGAAACUCAUUGCGCCGAAUUUCCUGAACCAGAUUUGUUAAUUAGAACAAGCGGAGAGAAAAGAGUUAGCAAUUUCAUGUUAUGGCAAUUAGCUUAUACUGAACUCUAUUUCGCGAAUAAGUUAUUUCCCGACAUGGAAGAAGCUGAUUUUAUCGAGGCUUUAACUUCGUUUAAGUCAAGACAGAGACGCUAUGGUGGACAAAAAAAACUGAUAAUAAGCUAAUUUAUGUACGAAGUUCCAUUGAAAUCUUGAUUAAAUUUUAAUUGUCUGUUGCAAUCCUUCCUAUCAAACACCAUAUAUGUAAUUACUAUUUUCAUAUCUUCAAAGUCAUAUGCUUUCAAA